CCCAACACACUGUUAUAUAUAGGAUUUGGAGCCUCAACGAACGAACUCUGAUAAAAUCUCCAUACUAUACAUACUAUAUGGCCCUUUCCUUCGUACGUCUGUCUUGCUGAAACUUUCAUUAUUCGAUAGAUAAUCACGUCAUUGUCUUCACUUCCGGCACGGUUAUUAUAUGUCUUUGCGCAAUACACUGUAUCAGACACGGGCCAUCCAGACUCGACUGGGGCAAAUGGCUCAGCACUUCUCAACGACAAGGGGUGUCCCAGGGCUUUCGUUGGCCGAGAUCCCCAAAUCCAAUGUCUUCACGUCUAAGCUACCCGCAGACCCGGCUUUCGAGACCCCCGAGGCCUCUCAUCAAGCGCCGAGGCAAACCCUGGGGCCUCGUGCUGUCAGGGGUGCCCUGUAUACAUAUGUCCGCCCCGAACCCGCCGAGGGGCCGGAGCUCCUAGGAAUUAGUCCCAGGGCGAUGCGGGAUAUCGGUUUAAGGCCGGGGGAAGAAUCCACGGAGCAGUUCAAAGCAUUGGUCUCUGGGAACCAGAUCUGGUGGAAUGAGACGGAUGGGGGAAUUUACCCCUGGGCACAGUGCUACGGAGGUUGGCAAUUCGGCUCAUGGGCAGGCCAACUUGGGGACGGACGCGCAAUCAGCCUUUUCGAGACCACCAACCCAGCAACGGGCGUUCGGUAUGAACUGCAAAUCAAAGGUGCUGGGAGGACGCCCUAUUCGCGUUUCGCGGAUGGGAAGGCGGUCCUUCGUUCUAGCAUUCGUGAAUAUGUCGUGUCAGAAGCCCUCAAUGCAUUAGGUAUCCCGACAACCAGAGCGUUGUCACUUACUCUGCUUCCUCAGUCGAAGGUUCUGCGCGAACGCAUAGAGCCCGGGGCCAUUGUCGCGAGGUUCGCGGAGACCUGGUUGCGAGUUGGAAGUUUCGAUCUUCCUCGAGCCCGGGGCGAUAGGGAGCUCAUCAGAAAGCUAGCAACCUACGCUGCCGAAGACGUUUUGCACGGAUGGGAAUCCCUGCCAUCAGCGGUGCCACUAGGAAAAGAUGAGCCCCCCGCUUCUGUCGACAGUCCGGCGACAGGAAUUCCAUGGGACCAGGUACAGGAAUUCGAAGGCGUCGCAGAAAAUCGAUUUGCGCGAUUAUAUCGCGAUAUUGUCCGGCGCAACGCGAGGACCGUUGCUGGCUGGCAAGCAUACGGCUUCAUGAACGGCGUUUUGAAUACUGACAACACCUCGAUCUACGGGCUUUCGCUUGACUAUGGCCCCUUCGCUUUUAUGGACAACUUUGACCCUCAGUACACGCCGAACCACGACGAUCAUCUUCUAAGAUACGCAUACAAGAAUCAGCCUUCCGUGAUUUGGUGGAACCUGGUCAGGCUCGGAGAGUCUCUUGGUGAAUUGAUCGGGGCGGGACCUGACGUCGACCAGGAGUGGUUUGUGAAAGAAGGAUUAACAGAGGAGACCGCGCCCAACGCCAUCAAACGCGCCGAAGAAAUCAUCGACCGAACCGGAAACGAGUACCGACAAGUAUUCCUGAACGAAUACAAACGUCUGAUGGGCCGAAGACUGGGACUGAAAACCCAAAAAGAGUCCGACUUCCAGAACCUGUUUUCCGAGAUGCUGGAUACCUUGGAGGCCUUGGAGCUCGACUUCAACCAUUUCUUCCGCCGGCUUUCCGGCCUCUCACUUGCCGACCUCGAGACUGAGGCGCAGCGGAAGGAGGUAGCCCCGAUAUUCUUCCACACGGAAGGAUUCGGUGGAAUCGGCUACACGGAAGACACAGCGAGAGAGCGCAUUUCCAACUGGCUCGAGAGCUGGCGACUCCGGGUUUUGGAAGACUGGGGACCCAACAGCGACGAGGCGCGACAGGCGGCCAUGAAAUCAGUCAAUCCUAAUUUCCUACCGCGUGGUUGGAUCCUGGACGAGAUCAUUGAUCGUGUGGAGAAGAAGGGAGAUAGGGAAAUCCUUGGACGUGUGAUGCAGAUGGCUCUUAACCCCUUCAACGAUGAAUGGGGUAUGAACCAGGCCGAAGAAACGCGCCUCUGUGGCGAUGUCCCGAGAUACCAGAGGGCUAUGAUGUGCAGUUGCAGCUCUUGAGGUUAGUGUUAGUAUAGCUGGUUGGUCAUGGAGGUUGAAUACUUUGUGGAUAUUCUCGUAAUCCCAAUGGAAUGGAGUCCUGCAUCUUUAA